UACUCCAAAUUCAGAAAGAAGGGCUCCAGUUAGAGUCUGUUCCUCAGGAUUUGCAGAUUCAAACCCCAAGAGACUGUGAAAAAUUGACAAUGAACACGUGGUCCUAGAAUCGCCAACGUUAAGAAAAUGGAAAUUUGGCGCAAUCCCAUGGACAACGAGGGCAACCAUCUCCACAACCAUGGCAAAAUUAACCUAAGCGAAGAACAUCACCAACAGUUUAAAAGGGGACUCGAUCUCAACAUUUGAUCAGUUCAACAUUGAUUCUUGAUCAGAAAUCAACCCCGAUCCCCAUUGCCAACAUGAAGAUUCGAAUCAUUUUCCAUUUGAUGGCUCUGCUGUACGUCAUAAUGUGCCAGACCCUUCAGCUCAAGGCUGCUCAACGUAGCCUUGCUUUGAACACGCCUGACAAUAACUCCAAACUCCAGGAUAACGAAGAUGAAGCGAUCCUACGAAAAGUCAUUAAGGUCCCCUUCAGGUCCCAUGACACUAUUUUGGCAGACCUAAGCGAUGUGAAUGUGAUUUGCCUCAUCUUUUGCUUGGUGACAUCCAUGUCAUUGUGCACGCUGGGUUACCAUUGUAUUCGGAUCGUUAACGUCCUAAGCCGGCUAAACGCGAAGUAUAAAGUGGUGCCAAAGACAUAUCUUCAAGCAAUUAGAAACAUCUUCGACAGCCCGUACGAAGACUAUUUCGUCUUGGACGAGGACCAAACCGAUAUCAGUGAUGAAGACUAUGAAAUCGCGUUGAGGAUGCACCUUGAGGCUGUUGAAAAUUUACGUUGGUGAAUAACCAACCGCGCGGAUAAUGUCACUCAAGAUGACAACAAUAUUCUGACCCCUUCAAUUGUCGCAUUUCGCAUGCUAGUGCAAUAAACCGUUUCGAAAAUAUAUGUUCUCAAAACAAUUUCACUCUGUAGAUGUUAAGUACCAU